UCAUUUUCCAAUUGCCGCCAUGAAGUUCGCCCUCGUCCUCGCCACCAUCGCCGCCGCCGUCCUGGCCCAAGACGCCUCCCCCGACAACAACUUUAUCGAGAUCGUCGGAGGCACGGAGGCCGCUGUGGGCCAGCACCGGUACUUGGCGGGCCUCAAGGCGUCUGCCACCGGCACGUCUAGCUGCGGGGGCAGUCUGAUCGCGCCCAACGUGAUUCUCACGGCGGCGCAUUGCACGGGCCACAAGCUGUCGUACGUAGUGGUGGGCUCGCACUAUUUGUCGGGAUCGUCCGACGGCGUGCCCACCAAGGUGGUCAAGGAGAUCAAGCACCCCCUCAACAACCCCAAGACCUACGCCAACGACGUGGCCAUCCUCGUCCUGGACCGCAACAUCACGACCAUCGCCCCCGUCCGGGUGUCGUUCGAGACGGUUCCGGCUAACGUCCUGACGUGGGUGCGCGGGUGGGGCACCACGUCGUCCGGGGGCGCGCAAUCCAGCGUGCUCAAAGAGGUCAGCGUCAAGUCCUGGGACAACGCCAAGGCCUCGAUCGCCCUCGCGCCCAACAAGGUGGACGCCACCAUGCUGGCUGCCGGGGGACUCAAGGGUGAAGACUCGUGCCAGGGCGACUCGGGGGGACCGCUGACCAUCGAAGACGCCGCGGGCGAGCGCCUCGUGGGCGUCGUGAGCUGGGGCAUUGGCUGCGCGGUGCUCAACAAGCCUGGCGUGUACGGUCGCCUGAGCACCGCCCAAGCGUUCAUCCAGCCCUACUUGCCCAAAACCUAGAACCUCCGCGUACCGUACUUGGUGGAUGAACACGCCAACUAGACGGAUAUUGCGUGUAGUGUAUAUAAUACCGUGAUGUGUUUGAAUGUAUAUGUCGCAAACGCUGGUGCGGUUGGAUUUGAAUUGUGUAA